AUGUCAAUGUCUGUCUCAGGGGUUGUGAUCUCAAUGUCUGUCUCAGGAGUUGUGAUGUCAAUGUCUGUCUCAGGGGAUGUAAUGUCAGUGUCUACCACAGGAGGUGUGAUGUCAGUGUCUGUCUCAGGGGGUGUGAUGUCAAUGUCUGUCUCAGUGGGGUGUGAUGUCAAUGUCUGUCUCAGGGGGUGUGAUCUCAAUGUCUGUCUCAGGGGGUGUGAUCUCAAUGUCUGUCUCAGGGGGUGUGAUGUCAAUGUCAUCCACAGGGGGUGUGAUGUCAGUGUCUGUCUUAGGGGGUGUGAUGUCAGUGUCUGUCUCAGGGGGUGUGAUGUCAGUGUCUGUCUCAGGGGGUGUAAUGUCAGUGUCUGCCUGUCUCAGGGGGUGUGA